ACCACGCUGGAGCGUGAAAAGACAUGAAAUACAACGAGCAGAUGAUUGUGGUAGUGAAGCAUUCCAAAAGUGUUGUUGUUGAGGAAUGUCUCCUAGGAUGUACGGAAAAGUGCUUUUGUUUUUUCUUGGAUUGACGUUAGGAGUCAUGUUGGGGAUUCUUUAUGAAAGCUCUGACGUGAAUUAUGAAAAGAUCCAACGUCGAAUCAUGGACGCUUUAAAGCAAUCAAAUGUGCCAUUGAUUUCCUCAAGGGAGAUUGACAAAGCCGUGCAAACCAAAGGGUCGUCCGUAGUGGCGAAGAUGGAACAAACAGAUCCUACCCUUCAUCGUCUGAUCAAGCAAAACCACAUGUUCCAUCCAUCUUCCCACGCUCUGCCAUAUUAUUUGGAUAAUCCUCAACGCGAUCCGUCUAUGGGACAAGGACAGUCCAUUCGAAAAUUAUUCAAAAACAAGACCGGUGGUUUCUUUAUAGAAUGUGGUGCCUUGGACGGAGAGACUCGUUCCAACACUCUUGGAUUAGAGAAAGAUCUUCAAUGGUCGGGGAUACUCAUUGAAGGAGAUCAAAUAUCCGUGCCUAAAAUAUUAUCCAAGAAUAGAAAGGCUUUUGUGGUGCCACAUUGCCUCUCAACUCAAAAUACAACCAUGACCGUUAGCUUUGGAUCCUUCUCCAAUCUUGGCCACAUUGUGGAUCAAGAAUCUGGUGUCCAAGGGGCUCAAGUAAUGGACGUCAUGUGUCUACCACUUUAUGCGAUUCUCAUGGCGUUGAAGGUCAACUAUGUCGAUUAUUUCAGCCUUGACGUGGAAGGAAAUGAAUUGGAAAUUCUGAAGACCAUUCCCUGGGACAAAGUGUCAAUUCUCGCUCUUUCAGUGGAAGUCACACACAUUGGUGAGACCCACACAAGUGGAUCUAGAUCUGAGAUGGAGUCCUUCAUGACGUCCAAAGGCUAUCGUAGAAUGUCCAAAGUCACGAACAGAUUUUUGUUGGCAAAUGACAUCAUUUUUGUCAAGAACGGGUUCAAUGAAGACAUAUUUUUGCCUGAUAUUGUAACGUGAAUAAACUUUCUUGGAGAAAUUUCCAAUUUAGCCAAGAUUUUGGGCCCGA